CGUGACCGCAGUCGCCAGGGGCAGCAGGGGUCGCCAUGUCUUAAAGUUCCACGUGGUGGCAAGGCAAUCAAUGGCAGCGAUGCUUGGAGUACUUGUGGUGGUCAAGAAUGCUGCGUGCUCGCACAGAGCUGCUGGCUAAGGGGUCCCGCGUAUGAGCAGCCACGGCGCUUGCAGACUCGGGGAUCCGCAGCGCGUCGCACAGCUCGCUCAUGGGACCUGAGGCGGUGGAGGACACCCGGUGGUCAACGGGGCGGCCUCCUCUGCCACAUGGGCUCGCAGGCGGAGAAGCAAGCAGGACAGCUCCCACCAGGACGUAUGACCGUAACGAGAGUGGGCGCAGCACAGGGAGUGCGGUGUCGCUGGUGCGCGGACGACAUGGGCUGGACCUGGAGGCAGGCGCCACUGAGUGGCGGAAUUACAAUGACAUGUAUCCCGACUCUGAUGGGGAGGCGCGGUCGGGUGAGGACGGUGGGAGACGGGGCAGGAGGGGCAAGCGCAGGUGGUUGUGGUUUACGUCCGUGUUGAACCCGCAUUCAAGACCGGUCAAGGUGUGGCACCGCGUGUUCCUGCUGUCCCUGCUCACCGGCAUGGCGGUGGACCCCCUGUUCUACUACCUCCUCGGCGUGGACCCCGCCCGCCUCUGCGUCUACGUUCAGGCUGGCUUUGCGGUGGCGGUCACUGUGCUGCGCUCGCUGCUGGACCUGCUCUUCCUGGCCAACAUGGGCCUGCAGGCGCGCCUCGCCUACGUUUCGCGCUCUUCGCUGCGCCUCGGCAACGGGGAGCUGGUCACGGACCCGCGCAAAGUGGCCGCGCACUACGCGCACCCGCGGGGGGGCCUCCUGCUGGACGUGCUGGUCAUCCUGCCCAUCCCCCAGGUGACGGUGUGGGUGAUUGUCCCGCACCUGCUGAGUAGCGGCACCCCGUUGCGCGCCCCGACCGUGCUGCUGUUUGCGCUGCUGCUGCAGUACCUGCUGCGGCUGCUGCGUACGCUGGCCUUGGUGCGCAGCAUGCAGCGCGUGGUGGGGUACAUCUUUGGGGGCGCCUGGUGGGGCUUUCUCCUCAACUUCGCAGCCUACUGCGUGGCCGCACAUGUCUUCGGCGCUUUGUGGUAUCUGUUUGCCGCAGCCCGCGUUCAAAGCUGCCUCAGUGGGCAGUGCCGGGCAGCCUCUGGGUGCCAGCAACAGUUCCUGGGCUGCGCUCCGCCCAUCGCCUUCCACGAGGAGACACUCUUGAGCGCCCCCCGCCUGGCGUGGGCCCAGAACAGCACCGCGAGCACCUUCUGCCUGGCGGGGACGGGCGGCUUCCCGUACGGCAUCUACUGGAACGCGCUGCCGCUUGUGACGCGCCCCAGCGUGGCCGAGAAGAUCCUGUUCCCAUUCUUCUGGGGGCUCAUGACGCUCAGUUCGUUCUGCAACGCGCUCACCCCCAGCACAUACCUGCCCGAGACCAUCUUCUGCAUCGUCCUCGUUGUGUCCGGCGUGCUCCUCUUCGUCGGCCUCAUUGGGAACGUCCAGGUGUUUCUGCAGUCGCUGCGGCACCGCGUGGAGGAGAUGCGUGCGCGCCGCCAGGACCUCGGCUGGUGGAUGUCGCGCCGCCAGCUGCCUUCGCCCCUGCGCACGAGCGUGGGCGCGUACGAGCGGCAGCGGUGGGCCGCCACGCGCGGCAUCGACGAGGAGGCGCUCAUCGCCGACCUGCCCGAGGGCCUGCGCCGCGACAUCAAGCGCCACCUCUGCCUGGACCUGGUCAAGCGCGUCCCGCUGUUCGCCUACAUGGACCCGGCGCUGCUCGACAUUAUCUGCGAGCGGCUGCGCCCCGCGCUCUUCACGCCCGGCCUCGUCGUGGCGCGUGCUGGCGAGCCAGUGCGCAGCAUGCUGUUCCUUGUGCGCGGCCACUUGCGCAACGUGCACAUCGUGGGCGGGCGGCCCUCGACCGCCAUCCUGUGGCCCGGCAGCUUCACCGGCGAGGAGCUGCUGACUUGGGGGCUGGGCCGCACGGCGGACCAGCACCGGCUGCCGCUGUCGGCGGCGUGCCUGGAGUGCGUGGACACAGUGGACGCGUUCGUGCUGGAGGCGGAGGACCUGCAGUACGUCACCGCGCACUUCCCGCACCGCCUCCAGUCCGCCAAGCUGCGCCGCACCAUCCGACACUACUCCCCGCACUGGCGCACGUGGGCGGCUGUGACCAUCCAGCUGGCGUGGCGGCGCUACAAGACGGUUGCGGCCACCGCGCGGCCGCGCAAGCAGCUGGUGCCCCUCGUGUCCAGCCUCUCGUUGCCGCGGCCCGGGGCCCCAGAAGCGGAGGCAGCAGCGGAUGCGAGCCAGAGCGCGGCGCGCAGGCGGGACAAGCUGCGCAUGUACACCGCCAUGUUCAUAUCGCCCAAGCCGCAGGACUGAGCACGCAAGUCAGCCGGGGGAGGCAGCAGCGCGCAAAUACGGGCAAGAGCUCACGCGUCGCUCAAAAUGAUGCGGCCGUCUGUAUCAUAGUGCUACGCGGGCUGUCUGUAAAAUAGAGAGACAUGUUGCUUAGGCGUCCAGCAAGUCAAGUCAAGCUGAAGAAAAUGACUGAAAGAGAUCCCUUUAACAAUCGUAAGCCG